AUGACUCCGAAAUAUUUUGCCCUCUUCUUCACUUUUUUAGUCAUCAAUACUGCAAAAGGGGAAGAAACUAAUAUAAGGUCUCCAGUAAGCAGUGAGGAUGCUCAGCCCAUGCAGAGACGCUACUCAGAAGCCAUCCUAGCCAGUGACUAUAGCAGAUCAGUUGAUAACAUGCUCAAAAAGAACUUUGUGGACUGGUUGCUGGGCAGAAGAGAGAAGAAAAGCGAAAAUAUUUUGGAUACAACCAAGAGGCAAGCUGAAUUCCAAAUUCCCGAUCUCAACAUGAUCAGAGACACAAUGGACCAGUUUGAGGUGAACAAGGACUUCACAACAUGGCUACAGAAUCAUAACCAACAAAAUAGCUUCUAUGAUGAUGCCAAAGUAAAACUAUGCCAGGAGACCAUAGAUAUACUCAUGGCAAUGGAUUUGUGCAAAGCUAGGUGAGUUUCAU